CCCGGCUGCUGCUGCGCUAUCCGUCUGGAGCCUGCGGGGAGUGUGCUAUGGUCAGAACCGUCACGCCGACGGUAGUAGUGUUUAGUGCUUAGUGGUCUCUAGCCAGUGCCGUGCCCGUGCUCUGAUGCGCCCUCGGGUACACCCCAGCCACCCGAAAAAGGUAUCGGAACCGUAAAAUGUUGUUUCGGCGAACGAACUCGGUGGUGCUGCUGAUAUGUGGAUGCCUGCUAAUUAUAGAUGGCCAUGAGGAGAAGAGCCGCAGCAAACGGGGGCGCAAUGCGCGAACGUCCAACACGCCGCAGACGGUGAGCAGCGCGGAACCGAGCCAGGACCUCGACGGCCAGCAGGAUGUGACGCCGGUCAUACCGCCCGGCUUCCUCAGCCCCUCGGUGCAGGAGUACCUCGAGCUGGGCAAAUCCAUCCCAGGUCGACCCGGCACCGAUUAUCCAAUCCUAUCGGCGAUUCCGUACACCAACUUCUACUGCGACGAGCAGGAGUACCCGGGCUUUUUCGCCGACAUGGACACGCGCUGUCAAGGAUGGCACUACUGCGACAUCGACGGACGGCAGGCGACGUUCCUCUGCCCGAACGGGACCCAGUUUUCGCAGGCCGUCUUCGUGUGCGAUUGGUGGUUUAACGUGCGCUGCGAUCUGUCCCCGCGGCUGUACAGCAUCAACGCCCGGCUGUACCAGCGGCCCAAGUUCAACCCGACGCAACCGCACCGCGUCAUCACGAGGCAGCUGGUGGACGAGAUCUUCAACGUCUGAACGGCAACGGAUUGUUUGGAUCGUAUUUAUUCCGCGUUUCGCAUUCGACCGCAAUGAGAGGCCUGCACUGAGCGGCACCACCACCCUUUCCAGAACCAUCCCCCCAUCGUAUUUAAGUGUAAAAACCGUGGCUUUACCCCCGUUAUCCCGUUAAAAGCUGUACUUUGCUAGACCGUUCAACAACCGUGCGGAUGUUAUUAUUAUAU